CGGGGCCUGAUAUGCACCUUGCCGUCCGCAACCUAGAGUCCUGACCUAGAGUUGCCGCCGUGCCGUAGCUUGUGGCGUCACCGACGACGCCUCACCCCCAAUCCCCUUAACCCUCUCACACGCGCCGCCGCUACGGUCGCUACCGCCGCUGCCAUCGCCCUCCCCGCGUGCCUGCAGUUUCCACCCCGUCCGCAACCUCGGACACUGUUUCUCGAGGUAAACCGAAAGGGAGGAAAUCAUGCCCAAGUUCAAGAAGAAUCUGAACCCUCAGGUCUUCUUGGAAAUAUCCAUCGAUGGGCGACCUGCCGAGAGAAUCACGUUUCAGCUCUUUGCUGAUGUAGUUCCGAAGACGGCAGAGAACUUCCGAGCGCUUUGUACUGGUGAGAAAGGCCUCGGAGAAUCUACGAAGAAGCCACUUUAUUUUAAAGGAACACACAUCCAUCGCAUUAUCCCAGGAUUUAUGGCUCAGGCUGGUGAUUUUUCCGGAGGAGAUGGACGUGGUGGAGAGAGCAUAUAUGGUGGAAAAUUUCCAGAUGAAAACUUCAAGUUAAAGCAUGAUCAACCUGGUAUUCUUUCCAUGGCAAACUCUGGAGAAAACACCAAUGGAUCCCAAUUUUUUAUAACAUUCAAGGCUGUGCCACAUCUUGAUGGCAAACAUGUGGUCUUUGGGAAGGUCCUUAAUGGAAAAGCUUUGCUUAAGAAGCUUGAAGCACUGGGUUCUGAAUCUGGAAAACCUACAUGUCCAGUGAAAAUUGUAGACUGUGGUGAAGCCUCUAACAUAGAUACUCAGAAUCAGCUACAUGGAGAGAAAGAAAAGAAGCUUAAAAGGGCAGUAGAAUAUAAUAACUCCGAUGCUGGAGGGAGGGUCAAAACCAAAAAAACAUCCAGCGUGGAUAAACGAAGGAAAAGAAGAAAGAACUACUCUUCUGAUUCAUAUAGCUCAGAAACUUCUGACUCGCAGUCCUAUUCCUCAGAUAGUGGUUCGGAGUCACAAUCAUACUCUUCAGCAUCAUCCGAUACUAGCUCAUCUAGUGACCAUAGGCACAAGAGAAGAAAAGGUUCUAAGAAAGUGAAACGAAAGCCUGCAAAGAGGAAGAGCAGCCAUAAGAAGAGUAAGAGCAAGAGUAGAGGAACAAAAAGAUCCAAGCGGAGCUAUGGGAGCUCAAGUGAUGCUUCAAAAAGCUCGAGCACCAGUUCUGACAAUGAAAGUGCAGGCCGCCGUACCAAGCAUCCAUUGAAGAAAGACGAAGAAAAUACCAAAAUAAUAAAUUUGGAGAUAGGAAAAUCCUUGGAAUAUGCAGAUAAAGGCAAACAAACGGUUGCGGGAAGUAAACCGUUAUACAAAGAUGAAAGUUGGGCUGAUGACAGGGUCGGGACUCAAAAUUCCGAAGAUAGAUCUAGUAAAUUCAGGGAUGAUACCAACCCCAUCAGGGCUGAUACAACUCUGUCAAAGGCAGAUGGCAACAUCACUGCUGUUGCUGCAGGGGCUGGCAUAUCUGAAGCUGGUGCAGAAAGGAACCCCUUGAGCAAUAAACCAGUACCCACCAAUGGCCAAGAUUUAGCUAUGGGCUCUACAGAGGAUGGACGUGUCAGGAAAGGGCGUGGUUUUACGCAGAAGUACUCAUUUGCACGUCGAUACCGAACACCGUCUCCAGAGUGUUCACAUGUUCGUUCUAGCUACUAUGGAGGAAGAAAUGAUAGAUGGAAUAACUUCAAUAGGUAUGGAAGAAAUGGUCUUUAUGGUGCACGAUCGCCGGUGAGGAGAUACCAAGGUUCCCCAAGAGCUAGUAGCUCACUGAGGUACACAAGGAGAGACCGAAGCAGGAGCAGGUCACGCAGUCCAGUGAGAUGCCGUGACGGUGGAGGAAGACAUCGCCGCCCUAGCCCAAGACGCAGCCAUAGCCCCGCAGAACAACAUAAACGUGAUGCGGCCUACAGGCCUCGAUCAGGUCGUGGUGGUGGUGGUGGCCCCUCUGCUGCUAAUGGAGGAAGAUCAAGAUCCAGGUCCAAGAACCGUGAUGCCUCGAGGUCCAGGUCUCCUAAUGCUGCCCCAGCCAAAAGGUUGAGCUCAAAGUAUAACCGCAGGCGCAGCAGCAGCUCAAGAUCCAGUAGCCCCUCUUGUAGUAAAGGUGGUUUGGUGUCAUACUGAGAUGUGAUGGCAGGAGCUGUAAAGUCGGGUUUCAGUACUCUCUAUACUCUGAAGCACAUGCCUGUUCUGUAUCUUGAGAUGCUGAAUCAUGUUCUAAACUUUUCUUUUGUAAACGACUUGAUGGCGUUGUGCAUGAAAUGUUGAGAGUAUGAUCUCCUGACCGGUGAAGUUUA